AUGGACCGAGCUGCCAACGGGGCCACAACCUCCAAGCACGACCAGCAGCCGCUUUCUAGAACUCACACCAACACCAACACCAACACAAACACUCCGCACGCACAAGCACCCCUUCUGCGCCUGCCCACCGAUGUCUGGCUGCACAUCUUUGCUCAUCUCCUCCCACGGCCCGCAUCCACGCUAACAGCGCUCAGUACAGCAUGUAAGCACACCCACCAGCUGGUUGAUGAUUACGGAUGGAAAGGCCUGCUCGGCCACGAAUACGCCAGAGUACAGCUGGGCCGGCUCGAUGCGUCGUAUAAAUCCUACGUCCGUGCUACCCGCAAGCGCAGGGCGAUCGUCAGGUCCAAGUGGUGGUUCGCAUGCCGAUAUGCCUCCUUGCUCAAUCGGUGCUGGUCAGAAGUGACGCUGCGAACAGGCGCUGUGGAGAUCCCCGUUGGAGAGCGCAAAAAGCAGCACGCACAAGGGAGGGCCAGACGCUUUGGCGGCGAUUUUGCGAUUCCCGCCCUGACAGUGGGGUCGAGGUGGCUCAUAGUCGGUGCACGGUCUGAGCUGUUCGUGUAUCAAGCUGCAGCAGCGGCGCAACAACUGGUAUCGAGAAUCAGGCUCGACAGUCGAUCAGGCGGCACCACAGCAGCGACAGCAGGUCUACAGGACGAUCCCUGGCAGGACGUUACCGCCUUGGAAGCUGUGGAUACUGAAGCAAGCGUGGUGGUCGUAGGGUAUGCAGAUGGUUGUGUGCAGCUGAUCACCCUGCAAUCAAAAAGCGAGGGAGUUGCGGCCGAAGUGGUGCGCCAUUUCCCCGCGUCAAGGCGGCAAGAGGUGGCGGGUAUCUCAAUACAGAGCUGCAACGCUUCGAGUUCAAACCAAGUGGCGAAUGAAGAUCUGUUGGUAGCGUCGCUGUCCAAACGUGGAUGUUUGCGGAUACAUCGUGUCACACCACCGCGUGACUCCGACUCGGAAGGGCGUGGAGAGGAGUGGAGCUGGCAGAUCGACUCGGAAGGUACCGCCGUUGUAGCGGACCAGUACCAUAUCGCUGACGAAGACUCGGGCGCAAGCACACCACGAACAUUCCGCAGCGCCGCGUUCAACAAUGCGCCCGUAGUAGCGCUUGACGCUGUGUCGUCAAUGUCUGCCACGCGGGCGUGGUCUGUCCUUCUCGGAAGCUGUGCCGAUGUUCGCAAGCCGUCGAGGAAAGAGAAUCGGUGGGUAGCGGUAGGUAUCACGGCCGAACACGCUGUGUACAUAUAUCCAGUCGCACGGCAGGAUGGCGCAUUGCGGUUGAAAGAACCAUUUUUCGUGGCGUCGAAGGGUCAGAGGACGUCGGUGUACGCUAUGGCUACUCCACCGGCGGCGUCUAGCUUGCCAUCGUUCCUGCUCUUCGUCGGGUUUUAUGACGGAGUGGUGCGGGUGUACGACACGCGGCAAUUGCAGAGCGCGUCCCCCCGCGACGACGACGACGACGACGACGACGACGAUGACGACACUCAUGACCAGCAACAUAGUACCAACGGCAGACAUCGACGUCAGCGCGUCAGGAGGGAGCUCGACCCGAUUGCCAUUUUCAGAGAGGACUACGACACGGACGCAGUGUACAGCAUAUCUUUCGGCGGUCCUCGCGCCGACUUCCUGGUCAUAGGCGGCUCGAGACAUGCCAAGGUUCGCAUCUUUGAUGUAUCCAGCUUGGCGGGCUACGAUGUGCCGCUGUUGUCUGCGCCCGCUGCAGAAGGGGCGCAGAAAAAGGCGCGCGAUUGGACCGCUUUCGCCCUGCCGCGCACAGACAGCCCGCUCUACGGCGUCGUGGGCGAAGCGGAUCGCAUUGUCGGUGUCACAGACCGCAGACUGUGGUGGUUCGACUUUGGUGCGGCUAUCCUUGACGGCGCACAGCUUGGCGAUGCAAAGGUGGCCUACUUCAGACACACCGAUGGCGAGCUGUGCUACUCGACCCCUCUUCACUCGCCAUAA